AUGAAGAGGAUUAUUUGUUUUUUAUUAUAUUUAUGUUUUAUUUCAUUAAAUAAUAUAAGGUGUGUAAAUUCAUCUAUUUUGGAAUUAGAACCCAGUAUUAUUGGUAUAAGUUAUAGUGAGUCUAAAAUUUUAAAAACUGAUGGAUACGUAAUUAUAAAGGGUAGCAAUUUGCCUCGAACCUCUUCUGAUGGUGUUAAUUCCCCGUUAAUAAAAAUUACCCAAAAUGGAGAUGAUUCCCAGUUUUAUAUACUCAAAGACUCCAUUUUUAUACCACUUUCAGAUCAAACUGAAGCAGAUUCAAUUAGUUUAUCAAUUUAUUACAAUAAUAAUUUGUUAAAAGAAUUUACGUUUGAAUAUGAUCUCCCAAGGGUAGGAAUAGUCUAUUGUAAUUAUGUUUAUAGUGGGCAAAAUGUUGGUAAUUAUAUGUUGGAUGUAUAUGGUUUUAAUUUCAAUCCUCAAUUUAAUGUGUCUCUUUAUGAUUAUAACCAAGGCUCGGAUUCUGGGUACUGUCAAGUAGCGGACUAUGCUAUUUAUUUUAAUUUUUAUGUUCUCUCGUGCUUACUACCACCAUCAACAGCGGAACAAAUUAUCGAUCACUCACUCUUCAAUCUUACAUUAAUUUUUGGUGAUAAUGUGCACACAUUUCCAGUUAGGGUUUUUGAUAAUUCUGAAACUGAACAAUUAACAUAUAAUAAUUGUAAUGGUAAAAAGAAUUAUAGUUUUUAUAUUUUAAUUUUAUUAAAUUUCUUUAUUUUAUUUAUGUAA